CAACGACGCGAUCGAUCGAACGCGAUCGCAGGAGAGAGAGAGAGAGAGAGAGAGAGGUCGAAGACGACGAUCUCAAAACCCUACCUCUCCAUGCCGCCUCCUCGCCCCAACUACGAGUUCCAGGAGUGGUGGAACCGCGAGCGCGAUCGCCUCCUCUCGCCCGAGGCCCCCUCCUCCUCCUCCCCCGCCGCCUCCGCCGGCGGCGACGGCGACGGCGACGGCGGAGACGGUGGCGGCGCCGACACUCCCACCGCCGCCGCAUCCAAGUGGCGCGGCCGCAGCGCGGGCCAGAUCUCGGGGCUCCUCCUCCUCCGCCUCCGCCGCCCCGCCGCAGCCGCCGCGGGGCUCCCCUUCCGCCUCCUCUCCCUCGUCGCCACCGCUGCGCGCCGCGUCUCCUCGGCCCCGCGCUCGCCGGAGCCAUCCCCGCGUCUCUACCGACUCAUCCGCGCCUUCCUCGCACUCGCCGUCGCCCUCCUCCUCCUCGACCUCGCCGCCUACGCCCGCGGAUGGCACUUUGAGGCCCCGUCCUACGCCUCCGCCCACGCCCUCGAGGUCCUCUACGCCAAUUGGCUCUUCGUUCGAGCCAAUUACCUCGCGCCACCUCUCCAGGCCGUGGCCAACGUGUGCAUCGUCCUCUUCCUCGUCCAAUCCGUGGAUCGGCUCGUGCUCAUGCUCCUGUGCAUCUACAUUAGGGCCCGGGGGAUUCGGCCCGUAGCGGCCGUACAGUACAGCGAGGGGAAUGGGGAUGUGGAGGGAGGAGGGGAAAUGGGAGGAGAAACGGGAAGUGAUAAGGAGUAUCCCAUGGUGUUGCUCCAGAUCCCAAUGUGCAACGAGCGGGAGGUAUACCAGCAAUCUAUAGCAGCAGUGUGUAUCCAGGAUUGGCCAAGGGAUAGAAUGCUAGUCCAGGUCUUGGAUGACUCAGAUGAUAUGGACGUUCAGCUUCUUAUAAAAGCGGAGGUGUUGAAGUGGCAACAAAAGGGUGUUAACAUCGUGUAUCGGCAUCGACUCAUUCGCACCGGAUACAAGGCAGGGAAUCUCAAGUCUGCUAUGAGCUGUGAAUAUGUGAAGGAUUAUGAGUUUGUCGCAAUUUUUGAUGCUGAUUUCCAGCCUGCACCUGAUUUCCUGAAAAGGACUAUCCCUCAUUUUAAGGGUAAUGACGAUUUGGCCCUUGUACAAACUAGGUGGGGCUUUGUCAACAAGGAUGAAAACCUACUCACUAGGCUGCAAAACAUUAACCUGUCCUUCCAUUUUGAGGUGGAACAGCAGGUCAAUGGCAUCUUUAUUAAUUUUUUUGGUUUCAAUGGAACUGCUGGGGUAUGGAGGAUAAAAGCACUUGAAGAAUCUGGCGGCUGGUUAGAAAGAACAACUGUGGAGGACAUGGAUAUUGCCGUCCGCGCUCACCUCUGUGGAUGGAAAUUCAUAUUCCUAAAUGACGUAAAGUGUCUUUGUGAACUCCCGGAGUCUUAUGAGGCCUACAAAAAGCAGCAAUACCGUUGGCAUUCUGGCCCAAUGCAGCUGUUCCGCUUAUGCUUUCUUGACAUUCUUCAGUCGAAGGUAAAUAUCUUUAAGAAGGCAAAUUUGAUCUUCCUUUUCUUCCUCCUACGGAAACUCAUACUCCCGUUCUAUUCUUUCACACUCUUCUGCAUCAUCCUCCCACUAACCAUGUUUCUACCCGAAGCCGAAUUGCCCGCUUGGGUUAUAUGUUACGUACCUGGUAUCAUGUCUGUAGUAAAUAUCCUCCCGUCUCCAAAAUCCUUCCCAUUUAUAGUCCCAUAUCUAUUAUUUGAAAAUACAAUGUCGGUCACCAAAUUCAACGCGAUGGUCUCUGGGUUGUUCAAAUUCGGGAGUUCCUACGAAUGGAUCGUAACCAAGAAGCUGGGGAGAUCAUCAGAAGCCGAUUUACUUUCCUUUUCUGGGAAUGAUUCGGCCCCCCAAGUUGAAAGCAAGGGGCUUCUCCAUAAAGCUUCCUCUGAAUCAGGUCUCGCAGAUCUAAAUAGACUGGAGAUGCAUAAGAAAUCCAAAAAGAUCAAGAAGAAUCGGCUGUACAGGAAAGAGCUUGCUUUUGCAUUUAUACUGUUAACUGCUUCUGCGAGAAGCCUUUUGUCGGCCCAAGGGAUCCACUUCUACUUCUUGCUGUUUCAAGGUAUCACUUUUCUCAUCGUCGGGCUCGAUCUGAUCGGUGAGCAGGUGAGCUGAAACAUACCAAUCAUAUUCAGAUGUUCAUUAAUAAAAAGGCAUCAAGAAAAGAUCUAAUCUACCCAGAAGCGCUCCCCUCGUAAGUCACACGCUGUAAAACAAUGAGGGAAGGUCAUAUAAUUCAUUGAGAUUUGUUGUGCAUUAUUAAGAAAGUAAAUUGUUAAUUGAUUGAUUGAUUGGGAGCAUCACAAUAGCUAGGAUGCAAAAUCAUUCCAUUCUCAUUCUUUUUCUCAUUGUUUGUUUGUGUACCAUUCUUAGAUAGAUGUGAAUUAUUCUUUAAUGUAGUAUUUGAUUUAUUUUUUGAGAUUGAACUUGUACCUUAAUAUAACUAUUUGAUUCAAAAAAUCACUAAAUUAAUGUGAUAUUUUUUGUUUCAUUUAUUGAGAUUGAA